CUUUACCUUGCCCUUACCAGCCGUCAAGUUGCUCCCAGUUCUCUUUCCUUUCUUCAACUAUAUUCCGCCCUACUAUUCUGUUUGUUGAGUAGCAUUUCUCAUAUAGGAGUACGGCCCUUAUUAUACUUCUACACAUAACAGUUUCUACAACGUGUCGCAACUACAGACAACAAUGAGAAAGACGAAAAUCUUUGGAGGUUCUUCUCACCCUGAGAUCACUGCAUUGAUCGCUGGCCGACUCGGUGUUGAGCCUGGGGCUGUUAAAUUAUCGCAAUUUAAGAACAAGGAGACCUCAGUGGAAAUUGGUGUAUCUGUUCGUAAUGAGGAUGUGUAUAUUAUCCAGUCUGGAUCUCCAAAGAUCAACGAUUCGUUGAUGGAGCUCUUGAUUAUGAUCAAUGCCUGUAAAGGUGCUUCCGCUCAGCGUAUCACUGCUGUCAUUCCAUAUUUCCCUUAUUCAAAACAAAGCAAGAAGAAGAAGCAUCGUGGAGCUAUUGCUGCUAAACUUGUUGCUAAUAUUCUUUCGAUUUCCGGCGUGGAUCAUAUCAUCACUAUGGACCUCCAUGCAUCACAAAUGCAAGGAUUCUUCAACAUUCCUGUUGAUAACCUCUAUGCUGAGCCAACAAUCUCCAAGUGGAUUCAGGAAAAUGUUCAAGACUGGGAGAACGGUGUUGUUGUUAGUAAGAACGCUGGAGGAGCCAAGAGGGUUACUUCACUUGCAGAUCGCCUCAACAUUGACUUCGCACUGAUUCACAUGGACAGAUCCAGGAAAGGCCCGACAUUUGGUCCUGACCAUUCUCUUUCAAAACCAGAGAACAUUUAUAACAGAUUAGAGGAGGAGGACGAUGAGGACGACAGCAUGGUGGAUGCUGAGACUGGUCAUGAAAUUCACCGUUCCGAGAAUGCUGAUGAAACCUCGAUGAUGACGCUCGUAGGCGAUGUCCAGGACAAAGUCUGCUUCAUAGUUGAUGAUAUGAUUGACGGCUGUCAUUCUUUUUUGGAGGCUGCAGACAAUUUGGUUAGCCACGGAGCAAAGCAGGUCUACAUCAUUGCAACACAUGGAAUUCUCAGUGGCAACUCUUUGCGCCAGAUCGAGGAUUGCACUAACGUGCAUAAGAUUGUUGUCACUAAUACCUAUCCAAUUCCUUUGGAAAAGCGUGCACUCUGCCCCAAGCUUACUGUCCUCGAUAUCACCCCUACGCUGGCUGAAGCUAUCCGUCGUACUCAUAAUGGUGAGAGUAUUAGUUACUUGUUCCACCAAGUCCCUAAAAACUUGUAAAAGAAAGAAAGAAAGAAAGAAAAAAAGAAGUGGCAAAAAACAAGCUUUAAAAAGUAUAGAUGCAUAAAUAAAAAAACACAAU